AUGCCACGCCGAGCGGUCGAGAAGUCGAAGUCGUCGUCGGCUGCCAGCGAGAAACCAAAGCAAGGGCGAGCGUCCAAGAAGAGCGAUGGUCGACCUGCGGGUAGAAAGAAGCGUCGACGCAAGAGCUCGUGGGACUACGAGGACGACGAUGGCGACGUGGCGUUCGAAGCUGAAGAGUCCGGUAGCGAGUCGGAGGAGAAGCGCGCACAGCUGCAGAAGAAGCGGUCACGGGCGCAGAAGACUCAAGUGAAUAAGAAGACGAAGACGGUUGGUUCCGUAUCGAAGAAGAAGGUGUUGCAGGACGAUAAGGAGGGGCUGGAGGACCAGGACGGAAGUCAGGAGGAGCAGGAGCGCGUUCUAUUGGAGGAAAAGAGAAGACGGAGGAAGCAGCAGUACGAACAAGAGAGUGGGCAGAUGCUGAAGGAAGUGCGUGACUUGGCGCUGCAUGAGAAGAAGACGCAGGAGAAGCUCAUUGGGAAGCUGAAGAGAGAUAUCACGACUUUGUCCAAGCAGGCGGAAGAGGAGCGCAAGAAGCACAAGAAGGAGGUGGACAAGCUUGUGGCUGACAAGAUGCGUGAGUAUGACGCUAAUCAAAGGACGAAAGACGACGGAGAUGUGGAGAAGAUAGCGCUGCGGGAACACAUUCGAGAGCUCGAGUCUCAGUUUGCAUCAUUCAAGCGGAGCACGGGACCGGAUGAUGUGGUGACUGUGAACGCUGCUGCUGUGUCAGCUGCCUCGGUCGUGCAGAACAGCGAAGCGAGUAUACAACUUGACCAGGCAAACAAGCUCCUAAAGAUGUACCGCCUGGUGACUAGUAUGGACAUCCGCCUGAUUCAAUCGACCGACGACGACGAACAAGACGGCGACGACUGCACUGAAAUUGCGUGCACAAUUACUGAUUCAGCGACUGGGAACCAGUUUGAAUUCGAGCUGGCGAUUCCUGCCACCACCUCGAGCGAAAUCGAGUACCUCCCGAGCGAAAAGCCGCCGACGGGCAUUAAAGUGCCGUCAUAUUUACGAGAGGAGCUGAGCUUCAGCAGAUCCGAAAUGACCAAAUUCAGUCGGUCAGUUCUUGACAUCGUCAUUAGGAAGAAAAAGAGUUGA